AUGUAUUGUGGUGGUCUUUCCACACCGUUUACCUAUUUUUUAUAUGAUGAUCAAAUAUUGAAACAGAAUCCAUCAUUGAAUAGAAAGAAUUAUUUAACACAAUUAACUAUAAGUAAAAAAUUUGAAAUUCAUCUAAGUGGAGCAAAAAUAAUUUAUCGAUCAAAUCCAACAGAAAUUGUCAAUUUAUUAAAAGGAAAAAUAAAUUUGAGUAUAAAUGCAAAUAUUCACACAUCGGAUAGUCUAACAUCAGUGUUACAACAAUAA